AUGGCACCCCUCGAAGAAAUGCAGAUUGCGCAGCUCAACCGGUCCAUCCGGACGAUCAAGGCGAUCCCCGCCCAGACCGCUCUGCAUGCGCCCUUGUCCGUCGGCGCCGUCCCUGGAGCUGUUCCCGUCAACGAUGCCACNCCCACAGCGCCCAUGGCCAACCUGAACAUCAACAGAGACGACGAGAAGAAGCACGGCAACAACUUCUACCAGCCCUCGCCAGCAGCCACCCCUGCNUCCUCCCCUGCCUAUGCUGCUCCCCCGCCAUCCAUGCCUCCGCUUGCUCAGGCCACCGCUCUGUACGCAUACAAUGGCACCGAUCCCGGCGAUCUCGAACUCCACCCCAACGAUCACAUCAAUGUUACCGAGUACAUGAACGCCGAGUGGUGGAAGGGCAAAUCUUCGCGCACCGGCCAGGAGGGUAUCUUCCCUCGCUCGUACGUUCGUGUCAUUGAGAACACUCUGCCGCAAGCUGCACCUACAAACUACGGCAAUAUGCCUCUUGAGGUCAGUGGCCAGGGUGAUGGCAGUGGCAAGGUACCCGGCAAGGGUGAGGAGAUGGGCAAAAAGUUCGGCAAGAAGCUUGGUAACGCAGCCAUCUUCGGUGCCGGUGCCACAAUUGGUGGUAACAUUGUAAACUCCAUCUUCUAG